UUCCCUUAAACAGCCACCUCACAAAUUUCCUUUAAAAAAGCUACUUCUGGUGCUACACUUACCCACUGGCUCCUUCCAUAUCUACAGUUCACUUCUGCUUCUGCCUGCCUGCCUGCAAUGGCUUCCUACAAACUCUGUGCCCUCUUUCUGCUCUUCACUCUUCUUUUCCACUCAACAUUCACCACUGCUUGCAAUUCAUGCAAACCCAAACCUCCACCAUGCCCUCCACCAGCAACCCCUGCUUCUUGCCCUAAGGACACGUUGAAGCUCGGUGUUUGUGCUGACGUGCUUGGACUUGUCAACGUGAUUGUUGGAACCCCUCCUUCCAGCAAAUGCUGUGCUUUGCUUCAAGGGUUGGCUGAUUUGGAAGCUGCCCUUUGCCUUUGCACUGCCAUUAAAGCCAAUGUACUUGGAAUCAACCUCAACAUCCCAGUUUCUCUUAGUCUAAUCCUUAGUGCAUGUCAGAAGGAGGUUCCUCCAGGCUUCAAAUGUGAAUAAAAAGGAUAUAUUAUCAUGUUGCUGGCUAAAGUUUGGUCUAAGUUACUUUCAUCAUUUCUAGUGUUUCAUGUUGGAUAUUAGGGUUUUUCUUUUGUCAUUCAACAAUUGUCGUUGUAAUAUUUGUUCUAGUUCAAUAACUAGGCGUGUGGGUUCAAUUACCUCAGCCUAAUGUAAUGUUUGAUUAAUGUUGUUUGUUCUCAAUUAAUGUCAAGUUUGAUUUUGCUUAA